GCAAGAGGCUGCUGGGGGCCUGGGAGAACAGAACGGGGCGGACAGACACGCGACUGAGAAGACAGCCGCGUUCAGGGAAAGCCCUGAGGCCAGCUGGGAAGUUGGAUCCCAGACAGACACACAGACCGUGACACAGGGGACGGUGACUGGAGACUCAGAUGGCAUCUGCAGGGAAUCCUGAGAUUGUCAGCCUGAGCACAGAGGUGGAACAGAAAGCACCAGGUCGCCCAUCUCAUUCACAAGCCAUGAAGCUCAGUGACACAAAGCCUGAGGAAAGCAAAGAAAACCAAGGGGUGAAAAAGAAAUCGGACUGGACCUGCUCUCUGGUUGUGGCUUCGCUCACGGGCGCCUUCGGCUCCUCCUUCCUCUACGGCUACAACCUCUCCGUGGUGAACGCACCCGCAGCGGACAUCAAGGCCUUCUACAACGCGUCGUGGCAAGGCCGGCACGGACAGCCCAUGGACGCCAACACCCUCACUCUGCUCUGGUCACUGACCGUGUCCAUCUUCGCCAUCGGGGGGCUCGUGGGGACGCUGAUGGUCAAGCCCAUCGGGAAGGUUCUCGGAAGGAAGCAGACCCUCCUGGCCAACAACGGCUUCGCCAUACUGGCCGCCCUGCUGAUGGCCUUCGCCCAGACCGCCGGGGCUCUGGAGAUGCUCAUCCUAGGCCGCUUCGUCAUGGGAGUGGACGGAGGCAUCGCCCUCAGCGCACUGCCCAUGUACCUGAGUGAGAUCUCGCCCAAGCAGAUCCGUGGCUCCCUGGGCCAGGUGACAGCCAUCUUCAUCUGUGUCGGUGUGUUCAUGGGCCAGCUGCUGGGGCUGCCGGAGCUGCUGGGACAGGAGAGCACCUGGCCCUACCUGUUUGGAGCCAUUGCUGUUCCCGCCACGGUGCAGCUGGCUACCCUGCCCUUCCUCCCUGAGAGCCCCCGAUACCUGCUCUUCGAGAAGCAUGAUGAGCCCGGAGCCGUGAAAGGUAGGUGUCCUGCUCUGGGGUCCUUGUGGAGGGUGGCCCCUGGGGCCUGUCCCCUCCACGGUCAUCAGGAAGAAGAAAAGAUUGUGGGUGAAUAUGGCAGAUUUGGGGCCUGUCUGACACUGGCGAGGAUACCUCCCACCCCUGGCCCAGGAGAGGCCUUGCCCUGCUCCUGCCUCGUGCAGUGGAGCCGGUUCCCUGCAGGGCAGGGCAGGGUAGAGGCCAGAACCAGCCUCAGGGACCCCUCUCUGCUCCGACCACAGGGCCUGGUCAUCGAGCGCCUGGGACGCAGACCCCUCCUUAUUGGCGGCUUCGGGCUGAUGACCCUGUUCUUCGGGAUCCUCACUGUCACGCUGACGCUGCAGGACCAGGCCCCAUGGGUCCCCUACCUGAGCAUUGUCUGCAUUCUGGCCAUCAUCGCCUCCUUCUGCAGUGGCCCAGGGGGCAUCCCCUUCAUCCUGCCGGGGGAGUUCUUCCAGCAGGCCCAGCGCCCUGCCGCCUUCCUGGUAGCUGGCUCCGUCAACUGGCUGUCCAACUUCGCCGUGGGGCUGCUCUUCCCCUUUAUCCAAAGAGGCCUGGACACCUACUGCUUCCUGGUGUUUGCCGCCAUCUGCCUCUCUGGGGCUGUGUAUUUCUACUUUGUCCUGCCUGAGACCAAAAACAGGACCCAUGCCGAAAUCAGCCAGGCCUUUGCCAAAUGGAACAAGGCAGCCUCACCCGAGGAGAAGACGGACACCCCAGUAAGCGACGGGAAGAGGAACGGGAAGUCAGAGCCAGGCUCCUCCCCGACACUAGACAGUCCUGUGCAGAACGGGGUGGUCUGACACCCCCAAGCCCCCAGCCUCCAGGAAAGUCAUGUGUCCUCACAUUUCAGAAGACCUCAGCUCAUCCAAGACGUGAUACUCGAACGUUCCGAGAUAACUACAAAGCAGCCUUUGCUGAUCUGACCUCAUAACUAAGGGUUGGGAGGGAGGAACUUAUCAAAGCAGGAGCCCCCCGUGUUUCUGGAAGCCGGAAAGAAACACUCUGUAGUUGCAACUCUCUUCGAUGGAGAGACUGAUGAUGGCCCAUCUGCAUCGAAACUCAGUCCCCGGUUAUCCAAAUGAAAUUGGGGCGCUAGGCUCCGAGGGUUUCCUCAACAGGAAAGAAAGGGUGUGUGCACUGCGGGACUGAUGAGGGCUCCUGCACCACAGCUCACAGACUCAGCUGCUGCUCCCAGCUCUGCCCCACGUGGCUCCAUGUCCCCUCAGCCCACAUCCUGAAGCCUCCGUGGGCCCUUCACAGUGGUCCUGACCUGAAGAGACUCUGCAGCUUCUCACUAAUACCUGAUACCAACCUUGCAUGCCCCCAGGCCUAUCUCAGCCCUCGGGGGCAGCUGAUGUCCUAUUCUGAGGGUUCCUCUUUCUCAGGGGCUGCCGGGGGGCCCAUGGGAACAAAACUCCCCCUUCCCAGAGAACCUGUCUUUAGUUCUGAGUAUCAGAGGUGUUCAGGGGGAGAGAGAGUCAGUGUG